UCCAUGUUCGUCCAGUUCUCUUUCAACAGCCACUGAAAAUUUUCAUUCGUGAAAGUUGUUUGACUUCCGGUCAGUGUUACACGUAUUAACGUGAAAAAAAAUAUUCAAAGAUGAUGAAGAAAAUAACUGUCUCCUUCUUGUUGGUGUUCGCGAUCACUGCGUUAGAGUUACCCAGCAACAUUAAGAUUUGUAAGCAAAACGAUUCGCACGUCGACAAAUGUUUAGCCGACGCAAUCAAAACGGCAAUAAGCGUUUUGGCCAAAGGUAAUAGGGAGUUAAAAUUUCUUCCUUUCGACCCACUGAAUGUUGAUUUCAUAAGUAUGAAGAAUGGUGGCGCAUUGUCACAUGAAUUUCAUAAUUUGACGAUUCACGGAUUAUCGAAGAAUGUACAAAUCUCCGUAAAAAAUUUUAACAAAGAUACACUCUCACUCGAUAUGGAAGCUUUCUUUCCUCAAACGGAAGUAAUUGGUAACUACACAAUAAGUGGCAGGAUUUUGCUGUUGCCGAUUCAUGGAAGGGGCAAAUGCAAAAUCAUAUUAUCUAACAUGACGGUGGAAUUCAAAAUAAAGAACGAGAUAUAUGAUAAGAAUGGGGAAGAGUAUUUAAGAUACAAGAAAAUUGAUUGUCAUAUCAAGCAAAUAGAUAUCAAAUCACAUUUUGAAAAUCUCCUCGGCGGAGAUCCCAAAUUAGGCAAGGAGGUGAAUAAGCUUAUAAACGACAACAGCAAAGAGCUUUUCAAUGAUUUUAGAUCAGCUUAUGAAAAGAUCUAUAAAGAAAUCAUCUCUAGAGCCAUCAAUAAUAUUUUUAAAAAGAUACCGUUGAAGAAACUCUUCCCGUACGAAUAGAUAAAAAAUCACUUCAUCAUUAAUUCACCUAUGUUCCCCUCAAUAAGACUUAUUAACAUAAAAUAGCUGCCAAAUGCCAAAAAGAAGAUAAAACAUCCUACAUAAAAAUUUCGAAUGAUUUUGCAUAACAAAUCAUUGUAUGUGUAUGUAUGUUUGCGAAUUGCACGCUUAUGUAAUCUUUUCACUACAUUUCUUUGCCUAUUCGUUUCUAUUCCUUUUCUCUGUUUAAUAUUCAAUUCCCGUCUUAUUUGUGUAUUUCUUUUCAAUUCUAUAUGAUAAAAAAAUAUUUUGUAUUUGUGCUGAAAUUAAUCCAUGUACUUUUGUGCUAACUUUUUAACAUAUUCUAUUUUUUAUUUUAACAUAUUAUUUUAACAUAUGUGUUAGCUUAACAUAUUAUCAUUGUGAUUUUGUAACUUUGACUAUUCUACGUUAAGUUUCCAGACAGCACAAUGCCCAAACUGGGACAUAAGAUGCCUUUAAGACAUCUUUAAGAUAACUUAAAGACGUCUUAUGUCCAAACGUCUUAAAGUCGACUUAAAGACGUCUUAAAGACGUCUUAUGUCCCAGUUUUGGACAUGUGUGCUGUCUGGGUUCAUAAUUCGUUAUAUCUAAAUGUUAAAAUAACACAAUUAUACUCAUAUAGCACAAAUCUCUAAAAGACUUCUUAAAGAAUUCCAAAAAUAUUCUGAAGGACUUGGGAACUUUUUCGAACUCUUUAAGAAGUCUUUUAGAGAUUUGUACUAUAUGGGUAUGCGACAUAUACAUUCUUAGUGACGCAUUUUAUAUGUAUAAAAUGUGUACAGAUAAGUUGCGCUAUUUGUUAACAUAUUUUUAUUGCGUUAAAUUAACAUAAAAUUAAGAUGGAUAAAUUGGCAUAUGUGAAAUGUGUUCAACUUAAUAUAAAUUUUUUUUACAGUAUACUAUAUGUGUACAGAUAAAAUUCGAAAUAACUUCGUCAGAAUUGUAGAAUAUAGAAAAUCGUAAGGCUCUUUAAAAUGUAAUAAGAUAAAGUGUAAUAAUAUAAAACACAAUAACAAAUAGCAAGAUUAGAGCUUGAGAGCAGUAUACAAGUGUGCACACACACAGUGAUAUACACACGCAUAUGUCAUAACUUUAAAAUAUUAUAGUAUAUAGAAUGCACAAAAAGAUUCAUCUGAGACACUAAGUGCUGCUUUAGAUUUUCAAACGACAAGUUCCUCGCGUUCUCAUAUGUUAGAAACAGAUCGAUACUACGAUGGAAGAAAGACGAGAUUCGUCAUGUUCUCGGCUACUCAUUCAAUUGAUCGAUUGAGUCAGAGAAGGCCGAUUUCUCUUUCAUCGACGUGAGGUUCGCUGUUUCAUCGAGAUCGCAAAUAUCUCAGAGAGCCUUCAUUUUUCACACCCUUUCCCGCCCAAUCAAACAUGUCGAUUAAUAAUCCAAAAUUUUAUUUUCAUUGUCAUUUCAGCGUCGAUCUAACUUUCUUGAUAAUGCAGUUUAUCGAUCAAGCAAGAUGAUAAUUCUGCUGCUGCUAUAUCCACCAGUUGCUUUAUCGACUGAUCAUCAUUUAGAUAUCAUUCGAACGUAAACUAAGUAUCAGUACAUAGAAUAUUGUUUUUUCGAUACACUGAAUUAUUUGCUCUACUGAAGAGAACUCACGUUACUCGUUAGUUCUUUCAAAAAAUAAUUUUUUUUUUUCAAAAAAUAUUUCCUUUCAUUACAUAAUUAUGUAAAAUAUAAGUCAAUUUAAAGAACACGCAAUUUAUUUGAACAUUAUUGAAAAACGCUGAUAUAUCGAAACAUUGCCGAGUUCUUAAAAUAAGGAUUACUUCAUAAACAAGUAAGAGAUACCGAUUAUAUAAAAAAUAAGUUGAUCGUCUAAUUUUUCUACUUUGAACCAAUUUCUCUAAAUAGCAAAGCAGAUGAAUUGACUUGUGCAUUUCAUUAGUCUCUCUCUCUUUCUCUCUCUCUCCCCCUUCCUCACACACACACACACACACACACAUUCAUUACAUAUCUAUAAAUUCGAUCCAGAGAAGCUAUCUUGAAUUAACGCAAUUAGAUAUAGAAAAAUACUGUAGAUUGUUUAAAUAUUAUUUUGCGUAUGCGAUACUAUCUAAUAAGCCAACAAGUCAGCUUUAUUAGACUCACCGAGAAGUCGCCGAUAAGCCGAUAAGUCGAGUCAGUUUUAUGAAUACCUACGCGUUCAACGGAUAUUGAUUGUGUAAGUGUGAUACCAGGGAUAUAUAAAUGUCAUUUCGUCAA